AAUGCGCGCGGGCCUUUUCGUGACCUACAAAUAUUGAGAACGGGAGGACGUGACGGCUUACGUCCUCUCCUAUUUGCAGCGGCGUCAAGAAACCUCCAUAAGCACCAUGUCCCUCUUCCUGUGCGGGAAACUGCUGAGAAACUCCCAGGCCAGCAAAAACAUCAAGGUUACCUCUUUGCUCGACUUACCCUACCCGAUCAGCUGCUUGACAAGGCAUAUCGUCUGCACGAGAAGUACCACUGCCGCCCUCGUACACUCCAAGCUCGAUUAUUUUGGAGCUAGGUAUUGUAGUGGAAAUGUCAUUGAUAGAGCCCAAAAAAAAAAGAAUGUACCUCAAGCCAAGUCAAUCUUCACACCAGUCACACAGAACCUGGCGGUGGCGAGUAUUACUGGAGCCAAACUAGCUCAGCAAAAAAGAAACUGCUUCCAUCCAGGUGCGUCAAGUUUGAGCAGAGAAUCGCUCAAUCUCGGCACUGGUCCCGAUGUUACACCACGUGAGAUGGUCACAGCUAUGUUUGAGUUUAUAUGGCCCAAGAAUGAACCGGAAAUAAGGAACCGAGUUAAGCUAGCUUUAAGUCUUCUGAUUGGAGCAAAGUUACUCAAUGUAUCUGUGCCAUUUAUUUUCAAAUAUGCGAUAGACGUGUUUAACACCGCAGGCGCAUCUUCAAUGGCCACGGCUCCUGGAACUGUAGGCACCAUAGGAAUGACUCUGCUCGUUGGAUAUGGAGUAGCACGAUGCGGGGCAUACGGAUUCAACGAGCUUCGUAAUGCUGUUUUUGCCAAAGUUGCGCAACAUUCGAUCAGAAAAAUCGCCAAAAAUGUAUUCUUACAUCUCCACAAACUCGAUCUUGCAUUUCAUUUAAGCAAACAGACGGGUGCCUUGUCAAAGACGAUAGACCGAGGCAGUCGCGGUAUAAACUUUGUAUUAACAGCUAUGGUUUUCAAUAUUGUUCCUACCGUCUUUGAAUUAGCACUAGUCAGUACAAUAUUGGGCAUGAAAUGCGGAAUUGAGUACACGGGAGUUGCACUCGGAUGCGUUGGUACGUACGCUCUUUUCACUCUUGCUAUUACCCAGUGGAGAACCAAAUUUCGCAUGUACAUGAACAAGGCGGAAAACGAAGCAGGCAACAAAGCGAUAGAUUCGCUCAUUAAUUACGAAACAGUAAAGUAUUUUAAUAAUGAAAAAUUUGAGGCUGAAAGAUACGACUCGUCUCUAAAAAAAUAUGAAGCUGCGUCUUUAAAAACGAGUACCAGCUUGGCCUUACUGAAUUUCGGACAGCAUGCCAUUUUUAGCACAGCUCUAAGUUUAAUAAUGGUUUUAGCUGCCAGGGAUAUUGUUAAUGGAAAUUUAACCGUGGGAGAUUUAGUUAUGGUUAAUGGGCUGCUUUUCCAAUUGUCGAUCCCCCUCGGAUUUUUAGGUUCAGUGUACAGAGAAGUGAGACAAGCCUUUAUCGAUAUGCAGACAAUGUUUGCUCUGACGAUGAUGGAUCCCGCAAUAAAAAACAAAGUCAAUGCCGAGCCUUUUUUUGUUGUGCCACAAAAGUCUGAAAUUACCUUUGAUAAAGUAAACUUCCAGUAUGUGCCUGGAAAAAAUAUAGUCCAUGAUUUGUCCUUUACCAUCCCUAGUGGAAAGAAAGUAGCCAUAGUAGGUGGAUCUGGAUCUGGCAAAACCACCCUAGUCAGAUUGUUGUACAGAUUUUUUGAUCCCGCAAGUGGCAGCAUAUUGAUAAACAAUAAAAAUAUUAAAGAUGUUGACAUGGAGGAUCUUCGUCGCUCCAUUGCCAUUGUACCUCAAGAUUCAGUUCUCUUUCACGAAUCGAUAUUUUAUAACCUUCGCUACGGAAACUUAUCGAAAUCCGAAGAAGAUGUUUACAAAGCCGCAAAGAUGGCAAAUUUGCAUGAUGCCAUCAUGAAGUGGCCACAGGGCUACGAAACACCUGUGGGAGAACGAGGCUUGAAAUUAAGCGGAGGAGAGAAGCAACGCGUUGCCAUAGCUAGAGCGAUUUUAAAGGAUAGUCCGAUCCUGAUAUUUGACGAAGCUACUUCGUCCUUGGAUUCAAUCACGGAGCACCACAUACUUGAGGCUCUGCGACGCGCCACUGCCGGAAAGACUUCCAUCGUGAUUGCUCACCGUCUAUCUACGGUCAUAGAUGCCGAUGAAAUUUUCGUUUUGGACGGCGGAAAAGUAAUCGAACGAGGAAAGCAUUCAGAACUACUCAAAAUACCCAAUUCGUAUUACAGUAAAUUAUGGGAAGCUCAAUAUUUGAGUGCAAGUGAUGAAAGUACCACCAAAACAGCUACAUGACAAACUUAAAUUGUGUACAGUUAUAUUAUUUAUUGUUAUAAAAUUAAUGCGGUUUUAAAUUUACUUUAAAACUGUGGAAUAAUAAAUUAGUGUU